UGUUACGUUCCGGUCCAGCCAAUGAGAGGACGCGUUUUUCUUUACGUCACCAGGUCAAAGGUUACGGCGAUCGACGCGUUUCCUGUGUAAACAUUCAUAUGUUGGAGGGCAGAUAUGAGGCUUCUGUCGAGGGCGGUGCAGUCUGCUGUGUGUCAGAGGGAAUGGAGCCGCAGGCACUUCUGGGGCUGGCUCAAUGCGGUCUUCAACAAGGUGGACUAUGAAAGGAUCAAAGCUGUUGGUCCGGACCGAGCCGCAGCAGAGUGGCUGCUGAGAUGCGGGGCCAAAGUGAGGUUUCAAGGUUUCGAUCGCUGGCAACACGACUACAACGGACUGCCAACCGGGGUUCUGGGCAAAUACAAGAUCCAGGCGAUCGAUGCCACUGAAUCCUGCAUCAUGUACAGAGGGUUUGACCACCUGGAUGGUUUGGAACACGUGGAGGAAAUCAAGUUCAACAAGAGCAUCUACAUUGAGGACAUCUGCCUGGAGAGGUUGAGCUCGAUAGAGAAUCUGCAGGAGAGUUUGAAGACGAUGGAGGUGGUGUCGUGUGGCAACGUGACCGACAAGGGCCUCAUCGCCCUGCACAGGCUCAAGAAUCUGGAGCAUCUGUUCCUCAGUGAUCUCCCGGGGAUCAAAGACAGACAGACGACGGUUGACAGACUGCAGACGGCGCUCCCGCGUCUGGAUGUAUCGCUGGAUCUGGACUGAUGUGGAAACCACUUCCUGGGUGACCCUCAGUCGCAAAAUAUGGAGGCCUUUUUGAAAGGACCCGGGGGCUGAAGGGCCCGUUAUGCAGCGUGUGUUUAUGUCAUGAAUCAUUUAGUCGUUGGGAGUUGUGUCACCUUUCUGCUUAUUUAAUCUUUAAGCUUUAAUGAGGAAACAGGUCGAAAAAAAGUUAAAGCACUUUAGAAUGUCAGCAGUCUUUUUUCUCAAUGGAUUAAACUCCUCUGUAGUUUAUUUAUGUAUUAAAAGGUUAAUCCGUGUGGGUACAAGGAGAAAAACAAUCUGAAAAUGCAAAAGGACUUUGGCUCUAUUUCAAUCAUUUGGCAUUUGUAUAAAUUUUCAGAGACCAAUGGCUUUGCAGAUCUUUAGCACCAAUGUGUGUUGUUAUGCGAGUGACUGGGUUCAAGGAACAUUCACUCAUGUCAAUAAAUAGUUUCCGAAAUGCUCAAGAGUCUAAGUGUCCUACAUUGCAACUUACCACUAAAAGCAGGUCACUUUUUUUUUU